CCUGAGAAACGGAUUGAACGGGCGUGCCUUCAGCUGCCCUUCCUUUUGAUGAGGGAAGGUUCCGCCCUCAGUUUGACAGCCCGGAGGGAGAGUUUCCGGGUCAGUCCUUGAGCGAACCGUGGCAGCUGAGAUGGAUCAGGAGAGGAUAGUCCUCCCUCCCCGAGGACCUUUAGAGUUGCCUCUUUCCAUUUUGGAGGUUGGAUGUGCUGGUGGUUUUGAGCUCAUCACCCAAGAGGAACCCACCAAAGAAGGAUUUCCACUGACCACAUUGCCACAUGGGCUGCCCCCAUACGCUGAGGAUCUGUCCUCGGAAUUGGAGCGGCAUUAUCUCAACAGCCCGGAAUGGCUUCCCAUCCAUGACUUUGAAAGGUCUCACAGGUUCUGGCCCCGAGAGAAAGACAUCCAGUCACUCUUUGCACUAGCGGUCACGCCUGUACACUCCACUCUCCGGGCCGAGCGCAAUCCCACCACCGGGGAGCUGCUGGAUUUUAAAGAGGCACUUGUGGACAACAUGGGAUUAUCAGCCAAGAAUUCUCUUUCCUUCCAGCGAGCACCUGGUCCUCCAUCUGAGUCUCUGCGAGGCAGUGCCACCAACUACCCCUUCUGGCCAGGUGGGAUAGAUGAGCCUAGCUUGGAACUGAUUAAGGCUCAAGAAGAUACGGAAGAGGACGUUGAUUUUGAGAAAGAUUUGCUGACAGUGCCACCUGGAUGGAAGAAAGGGGUGGAAUUCACCAAACAAGAGAUCAUGGCCUCCCCAGGAUUGCUGAACUUGACCAAUUUGCUGGGUGCACUGGACACCUUUGAGCUGGAGGCCUCCAGCGAUGAAGAAGGCAAAGAGAAGACAGAGGAAGUGGAGAAGAGGAGGAAGAAAGGGAAGAAUAAGGGAGCAAAGGAAGAAGAGAUCCCUCCAGCAGAACCAGCACCACUGCACAGAGUUAACAGCUUGGAGGAACUGGUGCUUAAGGAGGUAACACCCAUCCCCAAAUCAACGCCAGAGGCUGCGCCUGCCCCUGCCCCUGCUGCAGUGCCUCCUAAAGAACAGUGGGCUAUCCAGGUUGAUAUAAGCUCCCCUGUGGACGAUUUCUACAAGCUAAUUCCUGAUCCAGCCUUCAAGUGGCCUUUUGAGCCCGAUGUUUUCCAGAAACAGGCAAUUCUCCACUUGGAGAAACAUGAUUCCGUCUUUGUCGCCGCCCACACCUCUGCGGGAAAGACUGUCGUGGCCGAGUAUGCCAUUGCUCUGUCACAGAAGCACAUGACACGCACCAUCUAUACAUCCCCAAUCAAAGCGCUUUCCAACCAGAAGUUUCGGGAUUUCAAAAACACCUUUGGCGAUGUUGGCUUGUUGACAGGAGAUGUGCAGCUGCAUCCGGAUGCCUCCUGCCUCAUCAUGACAACCGAGAUCCUUAGGUCUAUGCUCUAUAAUGGCUCCGAUGUCCUCAGAGACCUAGAGUGGGUGAUCUUUGAUGAAGUACAUUACAUUAACGACUCUGAGCGUGGUGUGGUUUGGGAAGAGGUUCUCAUCAUGUUGCCAGACCAUGUAAACAUAAUUUUGCUGAGUGCCACCGUCCCCAACACCCUGGAGUUUGCUGACUGGAUUGGGAGAAUCAAGCGGAAGAAGAUUUAUGUGAUCAGCACCCUGAAGCGCCCUGUUCCGCUGGAGCAUUAUCUGUACACGGGGAAUAGCCAGAAGACGCAGAAGGAGCUCUUCCUCCUGGUGGACGCCCGUGGGACAUUCCUUACGAAGGGGUAUUACGAUGCUGUAGAAGCCAAAAAGGAACGAAGUAGCAAGCACUCCCAGACCUUUGGGGCCAAACAGCCAAUGCACGCAGGAGCUGGGCCAGGCCAGGACAAGAACAUCUGGCUGUCCCUCAUUGACAUGCUGCGGAAGAAGGACCAACUGCCAGUGGUGGCCUUCACGUUCUCUCGCAACCGCUGCGACGAAAAUGCCUCCAUGCUGACCACCGUCGAUCUGACCACGACGACGGAGAAAAGCGAGAUCCACGUCUUCUUCCAGAAGUGCAUCUCCCGACUGAAGGGCACCGAUCGGCAGUUGCCUCAGGUUCUUCACAUGGUCGACCUUUUGAAACGUGGAAUUGGGGUGCACCACAGUGGCAUUCUGCCCAUCCUCAAGGAGGUUGUGGAGAUGCUUUUCAGCAAAGGCCUUGUCAAGAUCCUCUUUGCCACAGAGACUUUCGCCAUGGGGGUGAACAUGCCAGCAAGGACUGUGGUUUUCAAUUCAGUUCGUAAACAUGACGGUGCAAAUUUCCGGGACUUGGUACCAGCUGAAUACAUCCAGAUGGCCGGCCGGGCUGGGCGUCGAGGUCUUGAUACCACUGGGAUGGUGAUUAUCCUGUGCAAAAACCAAGUGCCUGAAAUGUCCGACCUUCAUCGCAUGAUGCUGGGUAAACCCACUAGGUUGCAGUCCCAAUUCCGCCUGACUUACACCAUGAUUCUAAACCUGUUGAGAGUGGAGGCACUCCGAGUGGAAGACAUGAUGAGGAGAAGCUUCUCCGAGUUCCACACCCGGAAAGACAGCAAGGUCUAUGAACACAGAAUUGCCCAGCUGAGCAGUAUGUUAGCCAGCAUGGAAAUCCCAGACACCUCAAGGCAGCUUGGUGACUUACAAGAGUAUUAUUCCGUAGUCAGAGAACUGCAAGAGAUCCGGGAGCGCGUUCAGAGGCGAGUCAUGGAAUCGGUGAGUGGAUUGAAAGCCCUUUCUGUGGGACGAGUGAUCGUGGUGAGCAACCAGGAACACAAGAAUGCCCUGGGAGUCAUCUUGCAGGUUUCUUCAGAUUCAGCCAAUCGGGCCUUCAGCACUUUAGUGAUGUGUGAGAAGAACUCUGUGGAGCGAGGCUUGACUGAGGGCCAAGAAUGGAAUCCACCUCCCUCUGCUGAAGUGCCUCUACCCGAGGAUCUUCUCCACACGAAGCUCUUCCUUCCCGAAGGCCCCUGUGGACACACCAUAAAGAAGCUGGGCCCAGCAGAUAUUCUGGGCGUCACGACAAAAACCCUCCGCGUGAAUGCCGAGCGUAUCCUGGAGGAUUUCAGGAAACGACAGAUGCCCAGGUUCAGGAAUGACCCACCUGGACCAUCAGCAGCCACAGCCACCCAGGAGCUGCUGCGUUUAGCUGAAGGCUCUCCGGAAGGCCUCCCCCUUCUGGAUCCCAUAAACGACCUUCAGCUGAAGGAUCUGGAGGUCAUAGAGAGCAUGAUCCGGGCUCGUAAUCUGGAGGAACAUUUGCCAGAGUUCCAGUGUGUGCACAGCCCUCUCUUCCACAUAGAGUUUGUACGCUUCCGAGAGCGCCAAAGGGUGUUGGAUGAACUGGAGCAGCUGCGCUUCCUGCUGUCGGACCAGUCCCUUCUCUUACUGCCCGAGUAUCACCAGCGUGUCGAGGUCUUGCGUUCCCUGGGCUACAUCAACGAAGGAGGAGCUGUGGAGCUCAAGGGCAGCGUGGCCCGUCAGAUCAGCAACCAUGAGCUGCUCCUGACGCAGCUGCUGUUGGACAAUGCCCUAACCGACCUGCGACCUGAGGAGAUUGUGGCCUUGCUGAGCUGCACGGUGUGCCAGGUCCGCACCCAGGUGGAGCCCCAGCUGCCCUCUAUUCUUCAGAAGGGCAUAGAGCACAUCCGUUCUGUAGCCGAACAGAUCGCCCUGCUGCAACGCAAGUGCGGCCUGCAAGAAUCGGUCGAGGACUUUGUGGAGCAGUACAAAUUCGGGCUGGUGGAGGUGGUUUACGAGUGGGCCCGUGGCAUGCCCUUCGCCGAGAUCGCCCACCUGACAGACGUGCAGGAAGGCAUCAUCGUCCGCUGCAUUCAGCGCCUGGACGAAACCUGUCGCGAGAUGCGCAACGCUGCCCGGGUGACGGGGGAGCCGACUCUGCACGCCAAGAUGGAGGCCGCCUCCAACAUGAUCAAGAGAGACAUUGUCUUUGCCGCUAGCCUCUACACCCAGUGAGGGGAGAUGCUAGCUCAGGGGUAGUCAACCUUGGCUCUUUUAUGACUCGUGGACUUCAACUCCCAGAAUU